AUGGGAACUUGCUAUACUAUGAAAUUUAACAAAAAGAAAAAUGAUGAUGAUUAUGAUAGCAUAUAACAACCCACAAUGUCAGAAACAAUGACUAAAAUUAGAAGAAUGCAUCUAGAAUCCGAGUUGAGAUAGAAGUAAAUGAAUAAUAAUAGUGAAAGAUAAAAAUAAAUGAAAAAAGCAUUGCAAGAAAAACUUAUGCUCAAAUCAGGUUUGUUCUCAACUUUGAAACUUGAGGAUUAGAUUGAGCUCUUUAAAAAAUAAUUCGUAACCAAGUUAGUUAUAGAGCCAGAUGGAAUAUAUUCUAAUUAUCUACUCCACAUAUUUAUGCAGAAUUUUCAGGAUACUAAUUAGUUGAAAUAACUAAUUAAAUAGAGUGGAGUUCAGCAAAUUGUGAGACCCUAACAUAAUAGUUAAAGUGAUGAGUUUAUAACUUGUGGAAUAAACAUUGAAGAAAUAUUGUGCAAGUUCUUAAACUAACAUUCAUAGAAAUUCUCAAAUUUCUCAUUUCAAGAGAAGGCAUAAGUGGAUGAAAGCAUGAAAGUGAUAGAUUAUAAAAUUUAAGCUUAGGAUGAAUUGAGAUAAAAAGUAAAUCUUGAUGUAAAAUUUUUCAUAGCUGACAUUCAUAAUAAUCCAGAAAUGCUCAUAAAACUAAUCCAUCAAGUUCAAGUUUACAAAAUACUUUAAAGCAGAAUGCCAAUCAAAAUUCAUGAGGAAAUAUUUGAAUGCACUCACGAUAGUCUCAAAGGUAUAUCUAGGUAUUGUCUAAUCUACGAAAUUUAAUCAAAGGAGAAUCAUGGAAUUAAGACUGUCACUGAGCAAGUAAAAGCUUGGCACAAAAUUCAAACUUAAGAUCAAGAGGGAUUAGAAUAAUUUAGUCUGGAAAAGCUUAUUUAUCUGACUUUACAAAUGAUGCUUAUUAUCAUAGAUUUACAGCAAUUAGAUAUGUAUAGCUACCUAGAGUUUCAAGAAUAAAGCCUCUUAAUUAACAGCUAUGGCUAACUUCUUCUCAGCUCCAACUACGAAUUAUCCUACAAACUCAUAAAAAUAAAGAAAUCAGACAUCACUACUCAGGAAAAAUAGUAGGAAAUAACAAAUUAACAAGAACUCUAUCUAAUCAUGAGCAUAAUGUCAAAUACUCCUGAAUAAUAUGACUUAAAGGAGAUAGUGUAUUAAAAGAAUAUGCCCGACCAUAAUAAUAAUCUUCAAAUAGCUCUUAUCACCUAAAAAAUAUUUGAAGCUUUUGAAUAGUAUCAUGAUAUACCAGUAAUCAAAGAAAGUUUCUUGAAAGCUGGAUUUAAAAAGCCCAAGAUGGAUGAUAAUACAGAUGAAGACAUUUAAUUUAGCAUUAACCAGUCAGUAAGAUAUUAAGAGGAUCUCAGAGAUCUUAUAAAGAUUAUAUUGAAAGAGCUAAAAGAUCCUAAGUUAAAUCUGAAUUUAAAAGAUGUUUACAAAAAUAUAUUCAUCAGACUCUAUGAAACAGGUGUAUUUGUAAAUCUUCUAGAGUAAUUUUACAUUGAAAAGAAGUACAAAUAGAUAACUUACCUAUUUGAGAUAAUUCUUAGUUCCAAUUAACUAAAAAAUGAUGAAAUUUUUCAAAGCAAAUUUUACAUCUUAUUAUUCGCUGGCAAAGCCUAUAUAAAACUAAAUAUGGCAAAAGAAGCAUUAAAGACACUUGAGGAAUGCUAUGAGUAUUAUCUAUUGAAAAGUGAUAAUGGAGUGAGUAUCAGAUAUUAAUAUGAAGAAAUGCUUGUUUCAUAUGAAAGGUCACUUGCCUUACUCAAGUCUGGAGAUAAAAUCAAAGCACUUGAAUAGGCUAUUAAAAUUUAACAAACUAAUCAUAGAAAAUUUAGUGAAUACAAUUAAUUUAGUAUGAGGUGCUUAAACCUCUUAUACAAAUGUCAUCUCGAGAAUAAGGACUAUGAAAAAGCUCUAAAAAAUCUUGAACUGAAACUCAAUUACCAAUAGAGAAUUUAUGCAGUAAAUCCAUUUAAUCUUAAUGUAGCUAAGACUCAUUUCAAGAUUGGUAAAACAUUACAUCAACUGGGUAAGUACAAAAUUGCUUUGGCACAUGUUGAGAGUGCUUAAAAAACAUUUGAGAGAGUGCUUGGAGAAGGGAGUAUUAAAUCUAUGGAAAUCUUGAAGGAACUUGCUCAAGUAUAAAUAAAAUGUGAAAAUUAUAACUUAGCAUUAAAGAACUAUAAAUUUUUACUAGCCUAGCAUGAGAUGUUACUAAGUCCUUACCAUGUCGAGAUUUUCUAAGACAACAAAUUUAUAGGUUAAUGUGCCAUCGAGGAUGCCAAAUAUGAUAUAGCCCAUCUUCAUUUAAUGAUAGCAAUAAGAAUAGCUGAAAAGGUCUUUAUUAUUCCUUUGGAUGAAAACAACACAUCUAAAUUUUAUCCUAAAAAUAAGGAUAGUGUAUUCAAUUCACUUGAUAUAGAGCAUGAAUAGUUCUCCUAUGUAAACUAUCUUUUGGGUUAGGUAAAUUUUAAGGGUCUCAAAAAUUUUGAGUAAGCAGAUUUCUACUUUGAAACAGCAUAGAGACACAUCUAAUAGAUAUCAAACUUGGAUUCUUAAUAGGAGUAUAUAGCAUAAAUUUAGUAUCAUCAAGGUUAAAAUCUUGUUAUGUUUAAUAAACCAGAUAAGGCUAGGAAAUUGCUUGAGCAUGCACUAGAUUACUUCAAAAGAUAAGAUUAGCUUGAAGAAUAUUAUUAUAAGACUUCAAUAGAUAUCUUUAUGAGUCUUAUCAGCAUUAAGAAAUCUCUCGAUCAUGAUAUUCCUGCUCAGAUUUCAGCUGAAGAUUACAUUGUAUAUAUUAAAUCGGCUAUUGUCAAAAUAAAAAAAUUAUACCUAAAAAAACAAGAUUAUGAUCAAAGAUUUGAAGUCUUUGAGCAAGAAUUGGAUUUGGUAAAGGCUUAUAAUCAACUUUUAUAUUUCUAUAUGAAAAACAAGAAUGAUAAUGGUAAAAAUAAUAUCAAAAUUUAGGAGAUACUUGAAGAUUAAUUACGUGUAUACAAGACAGCUAAGCUUCAAUAUGAAAAAAUAGCAUAGGAUAAAAAAAGAGAUUAGAUGGAUGAAGGAAUAAGGUUGUUAAACAAGAAAACAUAUGAUAAGUAUUAGGAUCUAAUUGAUUAAUACAGCAAUGAGUAUCUAUUAUAGCUAGCAAAAAUUGGAGAUUUCUUUUUGAUAAUCGAGGAAAUCGGGAGAGCAAUCGCAUUUUAUGAGAGAGCCAAAAAAACAUAUGAGGGAUUCAUAAAAAUUAAAGACUAUCAAAGAGUAUUCGAGAUACAGAUCAAAUUAGCUAAUGCCUAUUAUCACUCUGGCUAACAUAAGGAGUGUUUAUCAAUUUAUUUGAAUAUCCUGAAUAAUGAGAAAACGAGGUAUUAGGACUACUUGAGUGCUCUUCCUAAGAUAAAUUAAUAUUAACUUCAUAAGAGAAUAGGUGAGCUAUUUGAGAAUAUUUAGUCUUUUAAAGAUUCAAUAAAAAGAUAUCAAAGAUGCCUUGAAAUUUUGCCUCUGGCUUUUGAAAUAGAAUCUGAUGAUUAUGUUGAUGAAAAUAUAUAAUUAUAGAGUUCUUUAGCUUAUUGCUGUAAUUCUAUUGGGGCUAUUGAUAUGGCUCUAAAUUAUUAGAGAGUUUUACAUGAAUUAAAUAUAAAGUAUUAUGGAUAAAACCAUCCAAAUACUUUUAAUAGUGGUAUAUCUAUACUAAAACUUUUGGAUAAACUAACUUAUAACUAAUCUAAAUAGAUAUAUGAAGAAAAAUAAAAACUUAAAAUUCAAGUGAAAGACAUUGUCCUUGCUCUUUCUGAAAAAUAUCAAGAUUUAGCUUUUGAUAGUGAUGAUUUAGAAUUCGUUAUUUUUAAGAAUUAUUUGUAAUCUCAAUCAAUAAUACUCACUUUGAAUGAGUACUUUUAACAAGAUAAAGACUCUAGCUUUAAAUUCCUUAGUGAAUUUAAUAAUAAAACGAUGGAGAAACUCAAAGAGUACUUUCAAACUAUAGAUUAAUCCUUUUAAAGUAAGGAAAAGGUAAUCUAAGAAACUAUUAAAAUUAAAAAGCAGGCUAAUUAUCAAAGAAAGAAAGCUAGAGUUUAUAAGUGA